AUGCGACGUCGUGUGCUUUCAAACUAUGCAGACGUUUCAAUCUGGCAUAUCAAAAACUGGUACUACGCUUUUGCUUGCGAUGCGAUAGGUAGUCGGAUUGGUAGUGUUGUGUUCAAGUUCCUGGACGACCCGGCAUCCGGCAAUGAGGCGAAAUACUAUUCGCUGUUCCAGAUGCUGGUGCUUCUGCUGUACAUCACACUGCUGUGCUACUCGUCGCUCUACCACAAAGAACGAGGGGGUGAGAGCUUUGAGAUCAACACCGUGUUUAUCCUGGACACUGUGGUUACAGUUAUAUUCACACUGGACUACCUCAUUCGAUUAGUGUGCGUCCGAGACUGGGCGCAUCUCAAGAGCUUCUUAACAGACGGCAUGAAUAUUGUGGACGUGCUGAGCAUCUUACCGUACUAUAUAGGUGAGUUGUUUAAUAUUGUGGACGUGCUGAGCAUCUUACCGUACUAUAUAGUACUGGUCCCCAUCCACCCGGGCAAUCUCCAGCCACUCCGAGCGUUGAGGGUCAUCCGUCUCGUGAGAGUGUUCCGAUUGUACCGCCUGUACAGACACCGAUCCACUCUGCUCAGAGUGUUCAUCCGUGCGUUGGAGAAGGCGCGUGGAGAGAUCUACUUCCUCUUCGCUCUGCUGGUUAUUGGCCGAUCUCCGUCUCGCCUGUCCAAUUCCGCCAACACCAGCUUCGCUGUAUGUGCAGUGCCCACGUCCCGGUCAAUCAGAUCGAUCCCUAAUACGUCUAGUGAGGCUGACGGUGUGUUUAUUGUCAACAGGCGAGUGCGUACGGGGUCCAACUCGCAGGAACAACUGAGUCAGCGACGGCCCUCAGAUCUGGAUGUGGACAGUGAUACCAGCACACACCAUAGCCACAGCCACCGCACCGGCCGAUACUCACGGAGCACUUGUAUCAACGGAUGUGCUACCUCCACGGAGAUGCGUGAGAUUCUGGCGGAAAUGCGACAACUCCGGGAGGAUCUCAGAGUGAUGAGGACGAUUGUGGCACAGGGACCGGUUAUGCAGCCUGUUUUCGAUAUGCCUCGGACCUCGACUGCAUCGGAUGGAUGGAUCGCAAGUCACAACGUCACAAUUCACAAUGACACAUCGACACCACACGACACAAUGACUGAUCGACACCACACAAUGAAGCGCAAACCAAGCGUACAGGCGAUGUGCAUUUAUAUCUGCAAUGAGAUCGUAGCGCAUGACUGACUGUCUUAGGUUGGUGAUCUCACUAGGAGAGCUGUAUUAUCAGACGCCUUGAAUGAGGACAUUCAGCGGCGAGAAGCACUCACAGGAUUAACAAGUUUAGUGAUCGUGUACCGACGACUACCCAGGUUUACAUAGGCAGUGAACUGUGCAGGAAGAAGAAGUCACUACAUGUAUUCGUUUCUGCGGUGGGGUACAAUCGAGCAGGAAGGCACACGAACUUGUCAGCAAAUCUGGCUUACACCAAAAUCCCACUUCGCCAAAAUCCGAAUUGUAAAAUCCGACUUGCACCAAAAUCCGAUUUGCUCCAAAAUCCGACUUGCUCCAAAAUCCGAUUUGCUCCAGGUAGUAAAGAAUGCACGAUCUGUGUGACUGUGGUCACGCCGGCGGAUGCUUCACAUAAGCCACAGCUUACAAAAACGAUCGGGGUGUGUAUGAAAAUACCAUAACAUAUUCUGAUACUAUUUUAGAACCAUUAUGUGCGUACUCUAGAUUACUCGAACAAAUAAACAGAACUGUAGAAGUGGAU